AUGUCGCCAACAAACCAAUACCCUCCAGCACAUUCCAGUCAACUAGCAGUUGAGUCUUCGAGCGCUUUUCAGUAUGGGUCUGCAGCACCACACACGACAGAUCCAUUAGGUCUUGACGAGGAAAUGCCUCCAGCAUACACUCCAUCUGCAGACACUUACCAUGGAGAGACCACAGUAGAAGUCGGUCCUCGCAGACCCUUCCAACAACAACCCCGACCUAGUCAUAGUACACACAGACCCUCGAAUUCCCAUUCCUCCUCUCAUUCCCAUUCAUCGCACACCACUUCCUCAUCAUCAAAUUCUCAGCCAUUGUCCCCAUCCCAACAGCGUCCGCAGCAGCUAACGUGGAGAGUCCCAAGCUCCUUGUCGGCGCCUUCUGGUCAGUCAUACCAGUCUCGCAGAGGGGGCGGCCUGGUUGGAGCACUCGUUAGUACGAUGCUUGAUGCAAUGGAUUCUGUUUCGGGUACGCGUGAUGAACAGAUGCGUACCAUACAGCAGUCUCAAACGGGUACCUAUGCAGCUCCACACCCAAUGUCUUCCUCUGGUAUGACCCAGAGCACUUAUACGCCGCCAUACCAGGGGGGUCAAGGUCCAGUUCUUAGGACGCCUUCUGUGCAUCAAACUCCUCCGCGGAACGUUCCGGAUGACGGUAGUCCCACCAGAACGCCCACGCCUGGACACCCAUUACUACAUAAUGGACACAUCCUCGUGUACCCCCAUGAGGACUACACGUGUGUCAAAUGCAACAAUACGGGGUACAAGAAUUACGAUCCCUCCCACCCCUGCAGAAAGUGCUGGGAGAAAUACGGGAAACCGUAUACCGGCGCAUUGAUGUACACAUCCUGGAAUACCAAUUCGUCAUCUCAUAAAUCCAAGUAUCAGCGUGCUCUGCCGAGGUUCACCCCACCGCAGGCAUCAUCUCAGUCCUCAAGCUCAAGUCACACCAGUCGGUCGUCGCACGCUCCCCCACAGGCGCAUGCAAUAUACGUAUACAAUCCUAUAAUAGGCAUGGGCCAGACCCCGCCCGUUCCGCAUGCCGUUCCUGUGCGCCCAGGUGAUGCGCGCCUUGGGGGUCAAAUUUGCCGCAAGUGUGGUGGUACAGGGACGUUGCCGCUCUUGAUCAUCGACGUGAGACCGUGCUCUGUGUGUGGUGGAAUCGGACGUAACUUGUGGUAGGUGCGUGUAUGAGAUGCUAAUACAAAAGGGAAUUGGUACGGUACGAUACUGAUACGAUAGACUAUUCACCAUGAUUGAUAAUAGUUUCUUGGGUUACACACUUUCAUUUGUACCAGUAUGCGCAUUCAUCAUUGUGUACUUUGUCCUCGAUCAAAAUUCAUGUUCUGGAUGGUCAUAUUACCUGCAUUCCCGCGCUCUGGAAU